ACAUGUACCACAUGAAUGUCAGUCAACCGAGCGCGGCAAAAUAUAAAAUUAUACAUAGCUGUGGCCCCCACAACAGUCGGUCAGCCUGAGCCCGACUCUGGUUGGUGACUGAACGCAGUGCCUUGUGCAGGGUCCUCUUCUCUCAGUGUCUUCACCCAAUCGGAACACCUGCCCACAGCACAGCACAGCACAGCAGUUUCGAGAGAGACACGCUUCUCCCAGAGGAAAUGAGUUCACAUGUUGUCAUCUCCCAUGAAUAUACCUUUCGAUCAAGACCUCAGCAAUGGAUGCCUUCAGGAAAUCGUCGCCAUGCUGUCUCAGCAUCACGCCCUCAGCACGAGUGGCCACCACGUCCAGCAGGUGGUCGCGGAUGAAGCACGGCAAGGCCACCUGGUCCAUCAUACGGGCCGCCUCUUCCGCGGACUUUCUCUCCUUCUCCCGGCUGCCCUCUCUCCCCAGAUCGCUCAGAGCCUCGUCGACAAGCUCCUGCACGAGGUUUCCAGUGACGUCGGCCAUAUACGCGUCGCCGAUCCGUGUCACUGCAUGAUCGAAAUGCGCCUCAUUGAGGGUCUCUUGUGCUAUCUCCUUGAUCCACGGCUGCAUCACCCGGUCCAGGAAUCUGUCCGCCCUGCUGCGCCAUACGUAUUCGUCGCUGAUGUCGCGCACGGCCUCUUGGCAUAUGCGGCGCACUUCAUUGUUCAGAAAGCCGUCGAGGACGGAGUCUGCCAUGAGCUCGAUGGCGGUGCGAGGCGCCUCGAGUGCACGCUGUCUUCUCAGGUGGCGAUCGGCGGCUUCGAUGGCCAUAGCCAGACGGACGGCCUGAUCGAUCAAAUAUCGGCAUGUGCACGUCUGUGUCUCAGACAAGCUCAAGCUCACCUCGUAAAGAUACUCCGUGACAACGUGAUCGAUGAUCUUGUUGGCGGUGAGCUGCAGUCCCCACUCCCUGGCUUCCUCCUCCGUCUGGGCCUCAAACAGGUCCUCCAGCACGCCAACCAACACGUCGUCACACUCCUCAGUCACCACCUGAUCCACAAUGGACAUCAUCGCCUCAUAAGCCCUCCCAAGCAUCCUCAGCGCGUCCGGCAACACACUCUUCCGCACCACAUAUCCCCUCCACAUGCGCUGUAUCGUCUUGGCAGCCACACGGUGCUUCCUCACGCCCAGCUUGGCCGUGCUCUUCCUCGACCCCCUCUCGCUCGCGCCGUCCUCCGUCCGUGCAGAAGGGGGCCAUCCGCCUCUGGCCGUCCUCUCGUCCCUGUCCGUCGGCACGAUGGAUGCGAGGCUCGAUAUGAGCGGGCCGGCAAGAGGGCUGAGAGCCCCACUAGCGAGCAGAGGCGGGAGAGGCGGGACCUCAGUUGCGUCCACGGGCUCCGUCUGUGCGUAGGAAGAGGGCCGGGGCGGCAGUGUCGGGCGCGGCCUCGUGGCUGCCAGGGGGUGCUUGGAUGGGAAGAAAUCCAUGGUUAAGGUGGGUGGAGCAGCAGGUGGCAUGGUGUGGCGCGAGAGAGGGGUGGAUGGCAUUGCGUCGAAGAGUGAGCGGCGAGAUGGGGUCGACGGAUCAUCCAUCUCAACGACGCUGGGCCGCCAACUCAACCGUCG